AAAGUUAGUAAACGACAACACUUUAUUUUUCUGCGUAUCAGAUCAUAAAGUGUCGAAAGAAAGUCGUCAUUGAAAUUUUCACAAAUCGAGACAUCAGCAAUAAAUAAAUUUUGAAAUAUGUUUCGCCUUUUUGUGGUAAUGACGGUGCUCUUUAUGACGAUUGACGCGCAAUUAAACAGGACUUCGUUGCACGAGAUGGAUGGAGAAUCUUCGGAAAAAGUUGGCACCAUCUUGCAAGAAGUCCCUUCGUUAGGUAGUAAUCUUCCUUCAGUACGUUUGACCAAUUACAAAAACAUACUUUACUAUGGCGACAUUCAAAUUGGAACUCCACCGCAAGAAUUUCAAGUUAUAUUUGAUUGUGGUUCCACACAUCUUUGGAUAUUUUCCAUAAAUUGCACACUCCCUUUCUUAGGACGUUUUAAAUAUAAUGGUAUGUAUUCCUACACAUAUAUACCAAAUAAUACUCAGAUUGAUAUAGAAUACUUCGAUUACACGGUACAUGGAUUCCUAUCUACUGAUACAGUGAAUGUUGCCAACUUCCAUAUCGAGAAUCAAACAUUUGCAGAAGUGGUAGACGUAUCAAACGUAAAUAAUUUUACUUCGCAUAUAAAUAUAUUUGAUAACCGAAGAUUUGAUGGUAUCUUAGGCCUAAUACCUUCCAAUUUAUAUGAUGAUGCAGUAACGCCUGUCUUUGGUAACAUGAUUCAACAAGGACUAUCAUCACGCAUUUUCAGUUUUUAUCUAAACAGAGACCCUAACUCAGCAAAUUUAGGUGGUAAAUUGACAUUCGGUGGUUCCGAUCCUGCUUAUUACGAAGGGAAUUUUACAUAUGUUCCUGUUAGUAUCAAAGGAGUGUGGGAAAUUACCAUAGAUAGUAUCGAAAUAAAUAUGGUUACUUGGUGCAAGAGAUACUGCCAAGCUAUCAUUGAUACAAGUAUUUGGAGAAUAAUUGGACCAGAAAAGGAUAUUUCAUUUAUUAAUCGAUUUAUUAGAACUAGUAAACGGGGAAGAGUGAAUUGCAAUAGAAUUUCCAAAUUGCCUACAAUCAAGUUUAAUUUGGGUGGUGAGGCCUUCAAUCUUACCGGUAAAGAUUACACCAUUCGGGAUCCAGAUAAUGAAAGUAAAUGUUUAACCGUCUUCUGGAAACACGACCCAACAUAUGACAGCAAAGAAAAAUGGAUUCUGGGCAUGCCAUUUAUGGGGCGCUACUACACCGAGUUUGAUAUGGAGAGAGACCGAGUGGGAUUUGCUUUGUCGAAAAACGUAUAGAAUUCAUCAAAAUGUAUAGAAAAUUUUUCAUUGCCAUUUUCAUUACCUUUUAUUGUAUACUUUAUCAUCAAUUUUUAAAUAAUUUGCUUAGUUUUCAAUAGCAAAAAAAAAUUUAAUCAUUUUUAAUCGCCAACUGACAAAGUUUAAAUAUUAUCAAUGUAAAUUUUUGCGUAAUACGUGCAUAAUUGUGUCCUAAUUUUUAACAGCAAUACUUUAUCUUGAAAGUGGCUGACAUGAGCUUAUUGCUAAUUAGAAUGUGCGAAUUUUUGGGAACAGUGUCAUCUGCUAAGUCCAUUGUUGCAUGGCCGUCUAGUCGAUAUAAUCAAUUUACUUUUUCGAAAUGAUUAUUUUUUUUCCAUUAUUAUUCUUAAUCACGCGCACGUUUAAUAAUUUAUUUUAAUACAAUUUGGUUUAAUUAUGAAAAAAAAUAUUUAAAUAAUAUAUUUUUAAGUUUGAUUGAUCGAUAGGAUGGAUCGAUAACAUGGAUAUGUUUCGAAUGCGCGCGAUUGUAUAUAUAAUAGUCACCAAAUGUCGAUAAAUGGCUCUAGUAGCCGAGUACAAUUUCUUCUUUUUAUGUUGCAACGUACAGAAAGAAAUUUACCAGAAAUUUCAAAAAUAUGAUUCGUUUUUUCGUAGCAGUGGUGCUGAUUCACGCGGAAAUCCAAAGUCAAGUUAAUGCAUUGUAUCGUGUGUUUACAUUACGUAUCGGUAUAAUAAAUGUUGAUUUUUCUAAAAUCAAUCUAUCUUGUCGUGAUCACAUUCGAUUUUCUGAAAUCCAAAACCUAUGUAAAUGUGAUUACAUUCAUAAAACGUUGAUAAAUCCUAAAUAAAAGGUUAUUCAAUGCGAUGAGCAA